AUGAAGGAGGAGGGUGUAAAGGAGGGGAUGAAGGAGGAGGGAGUAAAGGAGGGGAUGAAGGAGGAGGGAGUAAAGGAGGGGACGAAGGAGGAGGGCGUAAAGGAGGGGAAGAAGGAGGAGGGAGUCAAGGAGGGGAUGAGGGACGACGGAGGAGGGGGUAAAGGAGGGGAUGAAGGAGGAGGGAGUAAAGGAGGGGACGAAGGAGGAGGGGGUAAAGGAGGGGAUGAAGGAGGAGGGGGUAAAGGAGGGGAUGAAGGAGGAGGGGGUAAAGGAGGGGAUGAAGGAGGAGGGAGUAAAGGAGGGGAUGAAGGAGGAGGGAGUAAAGGAGGGGACGAAGGAGGAGGGGGUAAAGGAGGGGAUGAAGGAGGAGGGAGUAAAGGAGGGGACGAAGGAGGAGGGAGUAAAGGAGGGGACGAAGGAGGAGGGGGUAAAGGAGGGGAUGAAGGAGGAGGGAGUAAAGGAGGGGAUGUAGGAGGAGGGAGUAAAGAAGAGGACAAAGGAGGAGGGAGUAAAGGAGGGGAUGAAGGAGGAGGGAGUAAAGGAGGGGACGACGGAGGAGGGAGUAAAGGAGGGGACGAAGGAGGAGGGAGUAAAGGAGGGGACAAAGGAGGAGGGAGUAAAGGAGGGGAUGUAGGAGGAGGGAGUAAAGAAGAGGACAAAGGAGGAGGGAGUAAAGGAGGGGACAACAGAGGAGGAGGGAGUAAAGGAGGGGAGAUAGGAGGAGGGAGUAAAGGAGGGGACGAAGGAGGAGGGAGUAAAGGAGGGGACGACAGAGGAGGAAGUAAAGGAGGGGACGACGGAGGAGGGAGUAAAGAAGAGGACAAAGGAGGAGGGAGUAAAGGAGGGGACGACGGAGGAGGGAGUAAAGGAGGGGACAACAGAGGAGGAGGGAGUAAAGGAGGGGACGAAGGAGGAGAAAGUAAAGGAGACGAGGGAGGAGGGGGUAAAGGAGGGGACAACGGAGGAGGGGGUAAAGGAGAGGACGAUGGAGGAGGGAUAAAAGGAGGGGGACGACGGAGGAGGAAGUAA